UGUUCCUUUCAGCACCAUCCGAGGGUGGUAUGAUAAUUAAUAGGCUUUAAAAUCAACGCGCAGCUCGUUCAAACAAGUUUCAGGAAUUUACAAGUAUAUAAGCAUUCCGUCAACAUGUUACUCCGCACUGUCGGGCAUCAAAUGGAAACAUUUGUUGAGGCAUCACCAGAAUUUUGUGAACGACACGAUCUUUGAGCAAUCAAAUAAUUAUAAAUUGGAUCAGUCAUGUACAACAUGGUUACAGUUUUCUGGAGUCUCGUCUUUGCAUGCCCACCACAUUACUUCACAUCAGGCGCUUGCUCAGACAACCAUAAUUCUUGCUCGUAUUGGGCUGGUAGCGGUGAGUGUUCAAAAAAUCCCCUGUGGAUGCUUGAUAAUUGUCCGACGAGCUGCAAAGUGUGCUCUGGAGUACCGGCUUGCGUCAACAUAUACAAUGACCAGUACUGUAAACUUAAUGUGGGGAACUGUUGGACGUUGUCCAGUGGUGCUGAUCUUGUAAAGAACUGUAGGAAAACAUGUGUGUGUAAAUGCUGCCUCCCAAGUCCUACAACAGUACCAAUGACUGGAUAUGUCCACGAAACAACAAGUUAUACAAUGACAGCAGAUUCGACCUCGGCUACUACUACAGUGGAAAUAACAACGACAGCAAAGGAUACCAGUACCUGGCUCCAAACAACAUCAAAAAUAAGAAACUCGACUUCCAUUAAAGAGAGAACUACGGUGCAAUCAGUAUAUACGAGUGUCAUACCAACUACAAGACGAAUAGUAAACCUGACGACACAGUAGUGGAAGCCUGGCUCAAGUUAAUAAACCAGUUGAAAACCAUUCCUCACCUCCGGAAGAAGUUAUUUGGCUUGAGCAUCAACCAAGCAAGUCUUCAAGAAAUCCGUUGUACCUUUCUAUAGAUGCGGCUGGAGACAACGGAUUUUCAAAUCAUGGUGUUAUUGAAGAUAUCCCUGAGGUUCUUUACUCGACGACCAUUCCUGGCUCGCCAACUUCGCCAUUGUAUCAUGUGUUAGAGAACCCUAACAUGCCAGAAACGAAUGGGAACUUCGCUUUGGCAGCUCGCUCCGAAUUGUCUUCCGACCGUUUACGAUCUGAUUUCGAUUAUGACGAGCCUGUUUUCCGAGGCGUGCGCCCGGCGAUUUUCCCGCCGUCUGAAGCGCGAGAACUUGAAGCCACCUACGAAACCAUGACAGAAAAUCGAAAGGCUGAGAGACUUGCUGACAACACCAGUAAAAAUGUUUUGGAGAACGACGACGAAUACUGUUAUAGUUACACUACCGCUUAUCAAGAUCAAAAGAGCGAAGCGAACGAAAGACCUAAAAUAGAGGGACCUUCUUACUGCUCCGUAGAGAGCCCCAAUACGGGGUACCAGGCCCCUGCAGUCACUUCGGGAGGCAGCUGCACGCCUGUGGCGGAAACCGCUGAAGUUAACAGUUAUCAACCCUUACAGAAGUCAACAUCGUCAUUUUAUCAACCGCUCAAGAAAAAUAAUUAAACAACUCGAAGAGCGUUCAUAAUGAAAUGACCAAAGUAGAUAUUUUCGUGAUAAAUUUGUGUUUGGUGUUUUCAGUGCUAGUGAGUACCAUAACGUGUAGUGCAGUGAUAUAGAGUACCAUAACGUGUACGUACUCUACAUGAUGCUGUGAUGUUGAGCACCAUCACGUGCAGUGCAAUGAUAUUUAGUACUCUUACAUGAGUUUUGGAUCCUUUGUGGCACGUGCUCUUUGUGUCACGUGCCUUUGUAUCCUUCAUGUCACGUGCCUUUUGUCUCCUUUGUAUCAUGUGCCCUUUGUAUCGCGUGCCCUAUAUAUUACGUGCCCUUUGUUUCAUGCACUUCUUGUACUCUCGAUCCUAAAGAAAAGUUGAUAUUGUUUGCCUCCGGAAAUGACGCUAGCCGGUUCACUUCUUCAGUUGUUUUACUCUGUUAUCUGUGCCAGCUUACUUUGGCUGAUAUUCUCUUUGGAUUGAUUUAUUGUGUAAUCCUACCGUAUUCUGUAUAUUUCUGAUGAAAAAUUCGAAAUGGUGAAGAACGUUUGUGAUGUUCUGGUACACGUUCCUAUUGAUUACUUGAAAGUUUUAGCCAAAUUAAAUUUAGUUAUACUCUUUCAAUUCAGUCAAAUGUAAGUAACCAAAUAUGCAAAGGUAUUUUAGGUAUCCUUGUGGAACUUAAACAAGUCAAACAGACAAUAUGCCGCUAAUUACGGAUCCUAACGAUUUCAAAGACAAUUUUCUGCUGACUCAUG